AUGAUUCAAAAGGCAGCGGUCGUCAACCUUCCAGUGAUGAGGUGCAAGACAUGUGGCGCGAACGUGUACAGCCUCCUCUCGGUGAGGUCAGCGGCCGACGCGGCCUGCAAGCACGUGGAGGCCGGGACAACGGCGGGCAGCUCGAGCUAUCCCCAAACGUACCGUAAUCAGGAGGGGUUCGACUUCAAUGGCGUUACCGGGCCCUUUGUCGAGUUCCCGAUGAAGACGAAUGGUGUUUAUAAAGGCGGUAAGUAA